AUGAACUGCAAUCCUGACUACGAAAAUGCAACAUGGGCAUUCUAUCGAUUCGUACCUUCGAAAGAAGCCAAUAUUGUCUUUGUUGUUCUGUUUGCAAUAACGACACUCCUACACGUCUUACAACUUUGGCGAACUAAAACAUGGUAUCUUAUACCAUUGGUUAUAGGAGGAGUUUGCGAGGUCAUCGGAUAUAUCGGACGAGUCCUGAACACGAAUGAAGAGCCAGGAUGUUGGUCAAUGGGCCCGUAUAUCAUGCAAAGCGUCUUGAUCCUUAUUGCACCGGCACUUUUCGCAGCCUCGAUCUACAUGAUCCUCGGACGAAUCAUCCUCUUGACAGAUGGAGAACAUCAUUCGUUGAUUCCGAGGAAAUGGCUUACUAAACUCUUCGUCUUUGGCGAUGUUGCAUCGUUUAUGCUCCAAUCAUCUGGUGGUGGUCUCAUGGCCGUUGCAGACUUGAACAAGAUGGGCGAGAAGAUCAUUAUCGGCGGUCUUUUUGUUCAGCUUUUCUUCUUUGGCUGCUUCAUCAUCGUCAGCUUGGUCUUUCACAUCCGCAUGCGUCGUGCUCCAACACCGAAUUCUUUACGAGGAGAAGUUCGAUGGCAGACAUAUCUCACAACGCUAUACGUCACAGGCGUUCUGAUCUGGGUGCGCAGUUUGUUCAGGGUGAUUGAGUUCAUCGAGGGCAAUGAUGGACACUUGAUGCGUAGUGAAGUCUGGGUUUUUGUCUUUGAUGGGAUGUUGAUGUUGCUUGUGCUGGUUUGGAUGAACUGGUUCCAUCCUGGAGAGAUUGGACUGUUGAUUAGAGGAGAGGGAAGUGUCAGGAACGGACUGGAGUUGAUGAAGGUCAGGACAAGCAUUCCUGUUCUCGGUCACGAUUCCAAGAAAUGGUUUUCGACAAUUCGGAAUAGCUUUGCCUACUUUACGCAGCAUCAGGCAUGGACUGGAGAAGGUUAUGAAAAGUAUGGCAAAAAUGGGCUACCCUUCAUUGCUCCAGCACCACUCUCACGUCCUCCAGACGUCGUUAUGCCCAGGUCCCAAGUCGCGUGGAUGAUGAGCCAGCCUGACCACAUCCUCUCUGCAGCCCAUGCCCACGAUAAGAUCAUGCACAGCGAGUAUAACUUCCUCGGCAAGGAUCUUACAGAGGACGACUUUGGCCCGCGAGUUGUGCACAAGUAUCUUGCUCGUCAUCUACCAGCUCUGGUCCCAGCUAUCGCAGAUGAAACCAACGCUACAGUCCAAGAUGCGCUCGAGACACUAAUUAAAGCAGCUGCUGAGAAGAACCCAAAAAAUGUCGAUGCUGAGGGUUUCACAAAAGUGAAUUUGUGGGAGAUGUGGCUCGCUAUAGUUCCUCGUAUUACGAACCGUCUUCUUGUUGGUGAGACGAUAUGUCGAGAUCCCGACUUUAUCGAUUCCAUGGUUCGCUUCACAGAUGAUGUUGUUCGGAAUAGCUUCUUGCUCCACGCUUUUCCUCAAGUCCUGCAUCCUAUCGUCGGUCGUCUUAUUACUAUCCCAAACUAUCUUCACUGGCGCACCGCUGCGCGCCGUGUCUUGCCGAUUAUUGAACAGCGUAUAAAGGAUAUGCAACGUAAAGAAGCUGGAGAUCCUGAGAUGAAGAAUUGGUCACCUCCAGAGGACUAUUUUACAUGGCACAUUCGUCUUGCCAUGGCCGAGGGUAACGCGUUCGAGCUUGAUCCCAUUGUCGUCUCCAAGCGUAUUUUGCCCAUCAACUUCGCGGCUAUUCAUACAACUGUUUUGACAGGCCAUUCUUGGAUGCUGGAUCUCUGGUCCCUUUCUCCCGAUGGACGCGCUCUCGAUACACUACGCGACGAACUCAAGGCUCAUCAGCCGACUGAGGGGCACUGGACCAAGCAAAGUCUCGCCUCUCUUGUACGACUCGACUCAUCAUUUCGCGAAUCUCAACGUUUAAGUAACUUUGCCGCGAAUCUCGUUGAACGACAGGUCAUUGCGUCCGAGGGCCUUCAUAACCCCGAUUACGGAUGGACGUUACCGCAGGGCGCUUUUGUAACUUUGAACUUGCAAGGGACACAUCACGAUGACGAGAUUUUUGAAGGGGCUAUAAAGUAUAAUCCAUGGCGAUACUCGAAUUCUAGAGAGGAAUGGGAAAGGAAGACAGCUGAAGAGAAGAAGGAGAAUGAGAAGGAAGGCUUGAGGGUCAAAGGUUUGGGAAUGGUGACGAUCAGCGAUAGUCAUCUAGCGUUUGGUCUGGGUCGACAUGCUUGUCCUGGACGAUUCUUUGUCGCCCAUGAGCUCAAGCUAAUCGCAGCCAGACUUCUCCUCGACUACGAUAUCAAGACAAUUGACGAACGACCAAAAGCACAAUGGCUGGGCGCAACAAUCAUUCCACCGCUAGACGCAUGCAUUCAAAUCCGACCAAGAGCUUCGCGACGAUAA